GAGAAUCGAACAGCACCACAGCAGAACUCACAAACAAACUCACAGACCUCUGCCACCGCCAUCGAGUAGUUCUCUACCGUGCGGCCGUGCCAUCCCUCUGUGCCGGCAUGGAUUUCGCCGGAGAAGUCGACGACUUCGCUCUCGACCUCAUCCGCGAGCACCUCCUCGGCGGCGACGGGGGUGCCCUGGCGACGGCUAACCAUGAUCAGGCGGGCCCCUUUUGCGACGACGUCACCUUCCCCGUGCUGCCACCUUCCGCGGCGGAUCCACAAGCGUACCAGCAGCAGCCCAUGUUCUUCCCGCAGCAGGGGCAGCCGGAGCAGAUGCAAGGUUACAUGGACCUGACCCACCAGUACCUGAACUCCUGCCCUUCUGCCGACGUCCCUGAGGCUGUGUUCAGGGCGCCGGAGCCGGUGAUGAUACAGUUCGGCGGCGAGCCGUCUCCUGUGAUAGCGCCGUCGUCCACGCUGACCAUCUCCGUGCCGGCCAAGGGCUCGUUCGGGUGGGCGGGGACUGCUGCCGCCGUUGCACCGCCGGCGCCAGCACCGGUGGAGGACUUCCGCAAGUACCGCGGCGUACGGCAGCGCCCCUGGGGCAAGUACGCGGCGGAGAUCCGCGAUCCCAAGCGCCGGGGCUCCCGGGUGUGGCUGGGCACCUACGACACGUCCGUGGAGGCCGCGCGCGCCUACGACCGCGCCGCGUUCCGGAUGCGCGGCGCCAAGGCCAUUCUUAACUUCCCGAACGAGGUCGGCACCCGCGGCGCCGAGCUGUGGGCGCCUCCGCCUCCCGCUCCCGCGUCCAAGACCGCCGGCGCGACGAACACACGUAAGAGAUCACAUGAGGAGGACCCCGACGUCGAGGUGACCGGAGUGGUCAUAAACAAGGCCCCCAAGAACGAGGCGCCGUCGCCGUCGUCGGCCCAGGUGUCGUGGGACACGCCCUCGUCCGUUUCGCGGGAAACAGCCUCCUCGACGGUGACGUCGGCGGCCACGACGCCGGAGGGAGGAUUUCCUCCGACGCCAUCGAGCUCGGGCUUGGAGCAGUACUGGGAGGCGCUGCUGGGCGGCAUGCCGCUGCUCUCGCCCCUGUCGCCGCACCCGGCGCUGGGGUUCCCGCAGCUCACCGUUAGUUAAUUACGAGGCGGUUAAUUGCUGUGAAUCAGCUGGGGUUAACCAAUAAACAGGCUUUGGUAGUUUAGUUGACAGCCGCAUGCAUCUCUCUGCAUGCUGGGACGCGUACACUUCUUUGGGGCUUAAUGAUAGGUGUAAUGUGUGCGUUUGCUAAGAGACACAAAGAUCGGAUCGACCGAUGCUUGUAAAGAAUAAGCAAAUUAUAAUUAAGGAUGUGAUAUUUGCUGUAGAUGGAUUGAAGUUACAUUUGUUUAGUGAAGUUACUCCUAGCAAAUUAUAACCAAGGAUGUGAUAUUUGCUGUAAAUGGGCAUUGCUUGGGAGUAUAUGAAUUUUAAUUUACAA